UGAGCGAGUGAGAGUGACAGUCACAGGCUCUUUCGUUGUAAUAAGGAAACUGAAGGCAACUGGAGUGUUGUUGAGGUCUGGGGGCAUGUUGAAGCGGCGGGCAUGAACUCUGGGAGCGGCUCCUGCAGGAGUGGAGACUGAAAGCAGCGUGAAUCAGGAUGGGCUGCACUUGCAGUGGUGAGAAACAAGAAAAGGGGGGAAACUUCUACAAAACCAAACACAACGUUCAAACCUCCAACCCCUCAAAUCACAUAGCACGAAGUGGAGUCAGCCAGUCAAGUAAUGAUGAUGACGUGUUCGUGGCACAGCAUGACUUUAAGGCGACCAACGACCGUGAUCUGCCGUUCAAAAAGGGAGACAAGCUAAAGGUUCUGCAGCAGAGCGGGGAAUGGUGGCUCGCGACAUCGGUCCUGACCGGACAGGAGGGCUUCAUCCCCAGUAACUAUGUCGUGAGGGCGGAUACGCUGGAGGUGGAAAGAUGGUUCUUCAAGGAUGUCGGCAGGAGAGAGACGGAGCGACUGCUGUUGGCCCCUGGAAAUAAACCCGGUGCCUUUCUGGUGCGAGAGAGCGAGACGAGUAAAGGUUCCUUCUCACUGUCCGUCAGGGACUUCGCACCUGAGGGAGAUGUGGUCAAACACUACAAGAUCCGCUGUCUGGACAAAGGUGGCUACUACAUCUCCCCCUCCAGCACGUUCCCCUCCCUCCAGGAGCUGGUGGGGUACUACAGCCGUAUAGCGGACGGGCUGUGCCAGCGGCUGCACGCUCCGUGUAAGGCCCAGGCGCCCCAGCAGCCGUGGGCCCACGACGAGUGGGAGAUCCCCAGGGAGACGCUGAAGAUGGCCAAGAAGCUGGGAGCCGGCCAGUUCGGAGAAGUGUGGAUGGGCUACUAUAAGAGCACCCAGAAGGUGGCUAUCAAGACGCUGAAGGAGGGGACCAUGGAGCCCGCCGCCUUCCUCCAGGAGGCCAACCUCAUGAAGCAGCUGCAGCAUCCGCGGCUGGUGCGGCUCCAUGCUGUGGUCACCAAGGAGCCCAUUCUCAUCGUCACCGAGUUCAUGGUCAACGGGUGCCUUCUGGACUUUUUGAAGACGGACGAGGGGAAGAAGCUGAAGCUCAUCAAGCUCAUAGACAUGUCUGCACAGAUCGCUGAAGGCAUGGCGUACAUCGAGAAGAAGAACUACAUCCACCGAGAUCUGCGCGCAGCCAACAUCCUGGUCAACGAGACGCUGCACUGCAAGAUAGCAGACUUCGGCCUGGCCCGGAUCAUCGAGUCAGAGUACACGGCUCACGAAGGUGCUAAAUUUCCCAUCAAAUGGACGGCUCCAGAGGCCAUCAACUACGGCACAUUCAGCAUCAAGUCAGACGUCUGGUCCUUUGGGAUCCUCCUGACAGAAGUGGUCACCUAUGGCAGGAUACCGUACCCAGGGAUGACCAAUCCGGAGGUGAUCAGGAACCUGGAGAGGUCGUACAGGAUGCCGAGGCCGGAGGGCUGCCCGCAGGAACUCUAUGACAUUAUGAUGAUGUGCUGGAAGCAGAAGUCUGAGGACCGGCCGACUUUUGAGUUUCUGCAGAACAUGCUCAACGACUUUUUUAUUGCCACGGAGGGACAAUACGAGAUGCAGCCGUGAUUACAGAACGAAAAAAAAAAAAAACAUUUCCAGCGAAAGAAAGUUCAGCAGAGGGAAAUUGAAUGGAUGGAGGCCUACGCAAACACCUUCUUUGUGAUCGAUACGGUUCUUUCUUUUUUUUACACCUACCAGAGUGAAUGUAAAAGCUAUUUAUGGCAUUUUUUCUGCUUUUAGCAGAAGGACUGUACUUAUUAAAUUCAGAAAAGGAACUUCAGCUCACUCAACCUUGAUCACAGAGGAGACUUAUAAGCACUGGAUAAAUAAAUGGAAAUCCAAAUAUUGCAGAUGAUGUAAAAAAGGUCGUUGGAGCCAGAGAAGUCAAUGCAGGUAAAGUCCUAGUCUGCAUGAUACAGAUGUUACAUGCAGUAUUUUGCACAUUUACAAAAAUAUAUUUAGAUAUUCAUGAUGCAGCAUUCUAAAAAAAUGGGCUUUUUAAAAAUUAUUAUAUAUUUGUAAAAAUGUUUCUGUAAAUAAAAAUGCCAUUUAAUAAGCA